UGGCUCCUGGUUGGGAGCUAUGGCAGCAGAGCAGGGGGGAGGGUCGAAGGCGGCGGGAGGCUCGAACGGUACGCGUGUAGAGCUAUGCAGCGUACCGGAAGACAAAGAAAAGUUCGGAUUUACCGGGCAAGUUCUCACGGCAAUAGUUGUCACUGCCGCUGCCGGCAGCAUUUUCGGAGCACGUCGGUUUAGAAAAACCAUGACCGACACGGUGUCCAGAAACGCCCAGCGGCGUAAGGCCGAAGCUGAAAGCGCGGCGAGGGCGGCAAGGGACAGGGGUGCCAGGGCUAAUGCGGGGGGGGCGGCGGAUGGGCACCCGUUGCGCGGGAGGAUACCGAAGGGGUGGGAGUUCGACGACAGCAGGGAGGCGGCGUUUGCCGAACAGCGGUUGAAUUCUCAGGUGGUGCAACACUUGUCGACGUUAGGCGUGAGAAAUUUCGUGGCGGGAAGCGACGAGGUCAAGGCUGCGUACCGUGGGAAGGCGAUGACCCUUCACCCGGACAGGAGGAGUGCCGAUUGUUCGAAACAGAACGACCAGGAGUUCAAGAAGGUGGCCGAGUCGUAUGCGUGGUUGGACAACAACUAUUUCAGAAGACGCCCCCGCUAA